AGAACUGGAGCGUAAUACAGAGAAUGGAGAGGGACAAGUUGUUGGAAUGAUGGAAUUGUACAAAACUGAAGCUAAUAGUUCAGUGUAUCUGAGUACAUCUGAAGGUUUGUAUGUUGUACCAUUGGAUGAUUGUGAGAGACUGUAUCCAACAUGCAGUGAGUGUAUUAGUUCACGUGAUCCUUACUGUGCAUAUCAUGUGGAAGGAGGAAAGUGUGUGUCAACCAUCACUAGUGUAGGAGGGAGUGGUUCAUUACUACAAGACAUUGUUAAUGGUGAUAGUAGCAAUUGUCCUGUUGCUCAUCAUACAACAACUGUUAGUCCAUCACCUACAAUAGUGACACUAUCAACAGUUGACUCAAGUGCCAUCAGUUCUUCGGGGACCAGUGUCAUGAACACUGUACAGACUGUAACUUCAUCGUCAAGCACCACUCUCUCAUCUUCUACUGUUAGUUCAAGUAUAGCACCAUCAUCAUCUUCGUCAUCAUAUGUAGCUACCAUCACUACAGAGCCAACAGUAGGUACGGUUAAUGAUGCAAGUAUUGAAGAACACACGUGGACUAUAGUUGCUGGUGCUGGUGGACUGACGGUUGGUAUAGUGGUCGGCGUCCUGUUGUUUGCUCUUAUAAGGAACAAGAACAGGUUCUGCUGGGGCAAGUUCCUCUCGCGUAAUCGUCGCUGUCAUUGGGAUGAUGAUGGAGAAAAAGGAUCUUAUGAAUUGGGGCCAACUAAACCAGACUACCCUCCAAAGAACAAUGCACAUGACUAUUGUAAAGUGCCUGUGAGAUCUACUACCCCACCAUUGAGUAAACUUAACCCUACUCCAAAAAUAACAGAUUCUCCAGUCCUCACUAAAUACACUAACACUGGUAGUGGCAGAAGACACAAUCGCUCUAUGAGUCAUGGCGGACAAUUCCUACCCAACGGGGCUCAUCAUCCUGUGGCUGGUAGUCCGAUUGCUGGUAGUCCAAUGGGAAAUAACUUGAGAACAACAUUCCAUGUGGACGAGCCUGUUCCUAAUCCAGAGUACGAGAAAUACGGACACAACAUGAUAGGACGACAAAUAUCUAGAGAGUACCCAAUGAUCAUGCCAAUGGUCACGCCAAACAGGAUGGUAGCACCCCCUUUUCAUCACGCUAAGACUAAUUCACUUGAUCUUGAUAAUAUUAAAUUUUAAGUGACUCGCUCCAUUGCUCACGCUACAUCCAACUACUGUACAAUAGGUUAUUAAACACCACAUCAUGUUAAUCACAACAUUUUACAAAAAAAUUUUUCUGCACUAUUUUUUUGUUUGCUAUUGUGUAAAAUGUUUUUUGUUAUUAAAUUAUUCGAUUUUAGCCAGCUCCCCAUUCUAUAGUUUUUAGCUCUUAAUCACUUGAAUGUCUGUCAUAAUUCAUAAUGGUAAUUAAAAUUUUUGUUCUAAUAAUUAUUAUUUUGUAUUAUUGUUCAAAGUUAUAAACGUUCCGUUACUAAAUUGACCA